AUGGAUACAAAAGCCAACAUCGUACUCUUAAGUCCAUCGUCAUCAACAGACUCCAUGGCUUCAUCAUCAUCAUCUUCAUCAACCAACUCUGUGGUUUCAUUUUUAACAUCGAACAAGGGGAAACAGUUAUUGGUUUACGAUAAGUAUGUAUUCAGAUGCAAUAAAACAACGUUAUUCAAGAAAUAUUGGACUUGCACCGAACAUGCCUGUAAUGUAUCUGCACAUACAAACACAAAAAAUGAAUUUUUGUCGAUUAUUGGCAAUCAUAAUCAUAUUGCUGAACCUCAUUUAUUGGAUGUAAAACAGGUGAAAAAUAAAAUGAAAAAACGUAUCUUAAGUGAAACAACAUCACUUACCAAAAUCUAUGAUGAAGAAGUAAAAAAAGCUUCUCUUUCACCAGAAGCUGCAGCUACGCUGCCGACCGUGCUUGAAUUCAGAUCGAAUAUGAGCAAAGCUCGCCGAAAGAACAUACCCAUUAUUCCGAAAUCUUGUGUGUUUGAAAUACCAACAGCUUAUCAACAAACAUUAUCAAAUAAACGGUUUCUAUUGAUGGAUUAUUAUUUGAAACGUGCCAAAGAACGUAUAGUUAUUUUUUCAAGUGAUCAACAAUUAAAUUUACUGUAUAACAGUGAUGUAAUUCAAUUGUCUGUUAUCCCAUUAAUUCAUAUAAACCUUUUAUCUUUUCUCAAACGUUUGCCGGUUGUAUUCGAUUUAUUACCAAAUCAUCGGACAACGACCUAUUUGGAUUUAUUUAAACGUUUGAAAGAAGAAGCAAUAGCAAUUAAUAAAGUAUUUGAACCGAAACAAGUUGUUUCUGAUUUUGAAUCAGCACUUGUAUCAGCAGUUCGAGCAACAUUUCCAAAUGCUUCACAUACUGGUUGUAAUUUUCAUUUUGUCCAAGCGGUUCAUCGUAAUAUCACCAACUUAGGAUUGGCAUCCGAAUAUACACAUGAUGAAAAUAUACGAGACCAAUGUAGACAAUUAAUGGCUUUAUCCCUUAUGCCAAUCGCCGAAGUUGAAAAACAAUUUAAACGUAUUCGUGCAUUAGCAUCACCAUCAUUAGAUGAUUUAUUUGUCUAUUUCGAACGUCAAUGGAUAAGUGGUUGUGUUCCUUUAUCACUAUGGAAUGCAAAUGAAUCUGAUCAUCGUACAAAUAAUAUUGCUGAAGCGUAUAAUCGUCGGUUUGGAACACGUAUAAUGAAAAAACAUUCAAACUUCUGGUCAUUUAUACAAUUAAUUCAAGAUGAACAUCUUCGAUUUGAACACAUAACAAUUCAACUUGCUUCCGGGGCAUAG